UUCUCUUCUCGUGCACCGUGCGGCCAAAAUUGGCGCUUUCUACUGCCUUUCCUCACUGAAAUACUUAUUUAAAUCCGACGCUCUGCCUGCCAAAUUUCAGCCGACUCUGGCUCGCUUCGAGCGUGCCCCUUCUAUGUCCUUCUUCCAUACGGGCCUCACAAAUCUGCCGGGACCGUCGUCAAUAUGUCGAUCCUCACUCAAAACCAUGGCCCGGCGCAAGCCAUUGACCCAGACCAAAUUCUUCCAGAUGUCUCUUCAGUCUCAGGAAGCCCUGUCGGAAAAUGCUAAAACGACCAUCAGAGUCUUAGAGACUAUCUCGAAAAUGACGGUUGGGUCAAGUCGUUCACAUGAAACGGGACUUUCAGAGAAAGAGUUUGUGACAGGAUGGGGAGAAAAUAAGCUAACACCUCUUGUGGCCGAUAAAUUGGUACCCUCCGAUGGCCCGUCACCAGCAGAACCUAAAUCAUACGUUUCAGAAACGGAGAAAUGGGACGAAAUCGAGGGCUUCAAGUUACACGUAGAGAGUAAAAGCUACCAAGCGAAGGUUUCCAAAGCAUCCACCAAGGCUACCAAAGCAACUGUCAAAGGCGCGGCAAAGGGUACAAAGGUGAAGGUAAAAGCUCCCAAGACCAGGGCUGCUACUAAGGUGAAGGAAAAAAAGACGAAGAAAGCAAAGGCCGAGAAGAACGAUGAUAUGGGAUCAGACGAAGUAAUAGCGGAUCCAAAGCCGAUUAAGUUGGCCCUUCCUUACGCUCACACGGCCGAGGGCACACUCUCCUCGACAGAAGGUCAUGUUCUUCAAGAUGUAAAGCCUUUCGCGGCGCAGAGACCAGUGGCAAGGCUUUCUCACGGGUUGGAUCGCGUUUUAUUCAACCCUGGUGUUCAUUGGUUACGCGAUCCUAGAUCGCAUGUAUAUAAUUUCUCUCCUAGCGUGGAGAAAAUACCUCGCAUCUUCGACUUCGCCUUUGAACGGCUUCCCGGUUUCACAAAGAGCUCGCGAGAUGAAGAACUCUGGAAUCUGGCCAAUCGCGAAAAUCGUAAAUUCGCAGGAUCGACGUCGUCCUUAUCGGGCAUGCUGUGCCAAAUAUACUUCCUCAUCUCAGGAAAUAAACCGGUCAAUCUAGAAACACUCAGCCAAAACUUCCAACGUGCGCCCAAUAAUUUUACACCAGGUCAAAGAAUGCCUCCAACCGUCGUAUUUAACCACCGGAAUGGCACCUAUGCCAUAGACUCCCAUGCGGAUACAUUAUCGGACAAGAAUAUCUUGACUUGGAUGGGUACCCUUCUUGAAAAAUAUUUAACCACUCCACUACCUGAAUUCCCUACCUUUAUGCGUACGGAAACACCCUAUGUUGAGGCCGAGACGACCGAGAAGACUAUGAGAGACGCCUUCCGAUUUGCAAAGUCGAAAACGUUUGUCAUGCGGUCUCAAUUGGAUUGUCAAGACCGUCGUCUACCAGGUACAGGCGUCUUCGACAUUAAGACAAGGGCUUGUUUGCCUAUACGGAUGGAUAUCCUGAAUUUUAAGGAAAACUCUGGAUACAUAAUAAAACAGCAUUAUGGCGUCAUGGAAAGCUUUGAAAGAGAGUACUACGAUCUCAUCCGUUCUGCUUUCCUCAAGUACAGCUUCCAAGCACGCAUUGGAAACAUGGACGGCGUGUUUGUUGCAUAUCACAACACGGAACGCAUGUUCGGUUUCCAAUACGUAUCGUUAGCAGAGAUGGACGGCUGCCUUUACGGACAAACUGAAGGCGUCGGCGAUCGUAUAUUCGACAAAUGUGUUUCUCUACUCGAAGCCAUCUCAGAAGAAGUUGUCAACUGCUUCCCAGGACAGUCGGUUAAAGCGACUUUUGAGACUGUAGCGUCCGACCUGAAUGUAUUCGUCCAACCUGCGGAUUGGAAGCCUGAAUCUCCCGAAGAUAAAUCUCCGAUCAAGCAGUUGGUAGUCAGGUUGAAGCAUUACCUUGGAGAUUCCUCAAGGAAGGUGCCUGCCUACAAAGCUAUUGAAUAUUCCCAUAUUGAUGACUGGAUAACACACUGGACCAUCGGUUUGACUGCGGAUGAACAUGAACACGAAAUACGAGCCCAAUUCAGAGCGACUCUGACCCGCAAGUUCCGUGCUCACUGUCUGCCGGAAGGCGUAAGCUUUGCGAACAUCGCAGAGUUCUGGACGAAUCUGAACUUCAAUGGUCAACCACCCGACCCUGCGGAGGCUUUGUCUCCGGAGUUCUUCCUGGAAAACUUCACAGAGCCGGAUGCUAUGAUCCUUAUGCUUAGACAGGCGGCGAAGAACGGUCGUGCUGAGACAGAGCGAUUGAAGGACCUCGACAAGAGCCGGCCUAUCUAUGUUCUUGGAGAAAGAUUCGAUGAAGCCGUUGCGCAUGGAGGCCCUGAUGCCGAUGCUGAUAUGGAAGCUACUAGUGAAGAGGAGACCAGGAUGCCGGAGAAUAUACGUGGUCCAAUGGACGAUGAAGAGUUUGCGGCAAAAAGUCUCUCCGGUGUUGCAAGAAAUUCCUUGUCAGACGGCUCUCAAGGUCCUGCAGAAGGCUCGGCUGAAGAGCCAUCUCAAAGAGAGUCCUCAGGGACAAGUGUCCGGCUGCAUUCGGAGACAGCACCCGAAACAGCCCCGCCUCAGAGACAGACCGACCUGCCGACAGAUGGAGGUCCGUAGCCGAUUUCUUUACCUCUUAGUCUCCUUCUGGGCCCUAUCUGCCGCCACAAUCAUUAAUAACGAGACCAUCAGAUGAGGUCACUACCGGUGAUGAGACACAGAAGUAGUAGCCUGGAUGUUUCUCGUACAUGUACUAGACGUUCCUUUUGUAGUAUCUUGUACUCGAUAUACACUACUCCCACAAAUUCUUACGGUCCGAACUUCGAAGGCA